UCGAGCGUUGAGGUGGCGCGUGGUGCGGUCCGCGCAGCUGUGGUUGCUGUAACAGUACAGUGUGACGGCCGGCGGAGUAGAACCAAACAAGGACAGCUCUUCAUUCCGGUUGUGAUCAUCAAGUGAUACAGAGUACAUUCCUGUACAACAUUUUCAAUAUUCUUGAAGAUGGAAAAGAAAAUACGAAUUGGGACAAGAAAGAGUGAGCUGGCCAUGGCCCAAGCUAAGUGGGUAGAGGCAGAGCUAAAGAAGCUGAACCCCCAGCUGGAGACAGAAAUAGUGGGGAUGACCACUACUGGUGACCAGAUCUUAAACAAGCCUCUCAGCAAGAUCGGCGAGAAGAGCCUGUUCACCAAGGAACUGGAGCGGGCGCUGGAGGAGGGGAAGGUGGACAUGGUGGUGCACUCGCUCAAGGACCUGCCGACCACUCUGCCGCCCGGCAUGAUCAUUGGCGCCAUUUGCGAGCGCGAGGACCCCAGGGACGCCGUGGUCAUGAAGGAGGAGCACCGCACCAAGCGGCUGACCUGCCUUCCCGCCGGCAGCAUCAUCGGCACCUCGUCGCUGCGCCGGGCGGCCCAGCUGCAGCGGCGCUACCCGCAACUGACCAUCUCCUCGGUGCGCGGCAACCUCAACACGCGGCUACGCAAGCUGGACACGGGCGACGGCGAGGCAGCGUUCGACGCCAUCGUGCUGGCCGUCGCCGGCAUCACGCGCAUGGGCUGGGCGGACCGCAUCAGCCACGUACUCUCCCACGAGGACUGCAUGUACGCGGUGGGCCAGGGCGCGCUGGGCCUGGAGUGCCGGGACGGCGACGCGGCCGUGCUGCGGCUGGUGGCGGAGCUGGCCGACCGGCCGACGCGGCUGAGCUGCGUGGCGGAGCGCGCCUUCCUGCGCCAGCUGGAGGGCGGCUGCUCGGUGCCGGUGGCCGUGCGCUCGCAGCUGCACGACGAGACGCUGCACCUGACCGGCGGCGUCUGGAGCCUGGACGGAAGCCAGGAGAUCCGGCGCACGCUGGCCGUGCAGCUGCCGGCCGGCGGUGACGGCGACGGCGACGACGGCGACGCCAGGCCCGGCUGCAGUAACGGCGGCGGGGACGGUCAGCCGCCACACUUCGUGGCCGUCUGGGCGCCGAGCAGUGAGCACGCUCGGCUGGCUGCCGCCGAGAAGCUGGGGGUCGAUGUGGCCAACCUGCUGCUGCAGCUCGGCGCCAAACCCAUCCUGGAGGCGGCCAAGGCAGCCAACGACGCGACCACAGGCUGAUGAGGCGCCGGCAGCCCCUGAGCUGGGCCAUGGUUGGCCCUGUUUGCGGGGCUGAGGCCGUGCCUUCGCGGCCUCCCGGCUUAGGUGCUCGCAUCCUCAUGACAAGCCUAUGCAGUGUUGUGUCGGGCGGAAGAUUAGUGCAAUCGCUGCGCCGCGCCUGGCAGUAGCCGCCAUAUUGUUUGUUACAAAUUUGGUUCUGUUGGCUGUUUUGCUAUCCUUUACAAGCUUUACAUGAACGUUUUCGGUGCGAGCCUUCGCCGUGUGCCUCUUUGUCCGGUUACAUGGCUUGACAUCGCGGCUGGGUCCUGUUUCUCUCCGUCCAUCAGUCGGGUCAGGCGCUGCCUCGGUGCGCCUCUCCUCAGCGACUUUAUAGCGACGCACGCGGCCCCGCACCGGGCCGCUGCGCUGGGAGAGGGCGAGGGAGGCGGGGCUGUUCCCUGGCACGUGACGCGCCGCCACGGCCGGACUGGUCGUGUACCGGCGCCGCGAGUAGGAGUUGCGGGAGUGCGCUAGAACGGGACGUGGUGGCGGCAACAUGUCCGAGCGCGGUCGGUCGGGCCAGAGCGACGACGGGUUCGAGUGCGGUCGGUCGGUCGGUCUGGCCGCAGCGACGACGGGUUCGAGCGCGGUCGUUCGGUCGGUCUGACCGCAGCGGCGACAGGUUACAGCGCGCGACGCGGUGACGGGUGGGAGCGCGGUCGAUCGGUCGGGCCGUGUCAGAGCUUACGCCGCAUUUUAAGUGCGGCAUAGAUCCUGGAUCUAUAUCUGACAGCGAACAAAUGCCGUGUAGUCUGUCUGAAUCAUAUAUUUAUGCAUACGAAUCGGGUUAAGUUGGUGGAUAUAUAUGUUGGCAUAUCGUGUUAAACGUUUCGCAACGAAGAUAGUUUUCCGCGACCGGGUGAGACCACGUCAGCAGACAACGCAGUGCCAUUACCACUCAGAUGAAGCUAAAAGCAUAGGAUAGCUGAGGACGAGCGGGCAGAAAUAAGGAGCGGGUGCGGGCACCCCAUGCAGACGUCACUACAAAAGCGGGGGGGGGGGGGGGCGGACGCGUCACCACUGUGCGGCCGUCCGUCCACCGGCGGCGGCGACGGACAGCCGGCAGUCUAGACGCGUCCGCCAGUACUGCUGCUCCACAGCCGGUCCUGGCUUGCGCGUCUGCCUCCACUUCCUCCAGAAUGGGGCAAACAAUAAUUGGACCGAGCACUUUCGGGAACGGUGCGGAUCACCGUCACAAAUUAAACGCCACCAAUCACUGGUGGAUUCGUAACUACCUCGCGUCGUUCAGUUCAAACCGCGGAUGACCACACGCGAAAGGACGUACGCCGAGGCGGGCGUCUCCCGCAGGCCA